CCUCCGCUUGCCUCUCUUCUUCCUCUCAAUCAAAUACAGCUGCGCCAUUUCUUCUUUGUCCAUUGACGAAAGCCAUCAGGCAGCAUCAGACGACAACACUAAGGUAUCACGACCCCGUGGACCAGGCGGACUAUUGUUACCUUUUGCUGGUUGAAAUCUCAGCGAAGCGAACGACGCUUCGUUGUGUUCCAUUCAGUGGCGUUCGCGAGGGGGGAGCUUAGCGAGUGCUAACAAAGGCUAAAUCUGAGUCCGCCAUCGCGUCGAGGGCCGUUCACGAGGAACGCAAAAUGGAAGACACUAAAUACCUACCGGAGCUCCUGGCUGAGAAGGACAGCUUGGAUUCAUCGUUUACCCACGCCAUGAAGCUUAUUUCUGCAGAGAUUGAUAGGAUCCAAAAAGGUGAACCUAAGAAAGAACCGGAGAAGGAGACAUACCUGGAUCUCUUUGCUACAAAGACACUUAAGCUCAAAGAGCGUGUACUUAUUCCAUCCAAGCAGUAUCCCAGGGUCAACUUUGUCGGCAAGCUUCUGGGGCCUCAGGGCAGCACAAUCAAAAGGUUGCAAGAGGAGACUGGUGCAAAAAUUUCCGUUUUGGGUAAAGGUUCCAUGAGGGAUAAGAAUAAGGAAGAAGAGCUGCGGAAUGGCGGUGAAGCUAAAUAUGCUCACCUUGCCUUGGAGUUGCAUGUUUUCAUUGAAGUGAUGGCACCUAUUCCUGAUGCCUACCUCCGUAUGGCUCAUGCUAUGGAUGAGGUCAAGAAGUUCCUGAUCCCAGAACCUGGUGAGUAUGACCCAUAUAUGGACCCAAACUUCCUCAAUGGAUCUCACGAUGGCUCAGCCAGGGGACGCGGGGGGCAUAUGGGAAGAGGUCGAGGUGGACCACCGGGUGCCGGACCAAGAGGUCGUGGACUCCCCCGCGGUGGCCCUCGUGGAGGUAUGCGCGGCGGAGCCCCACGAGGAGGAAUGGGCCGGGGCAAUUCCAGAGGCGGGCCAGCCGGUAGAGGUGGGCCCUCAGCUCCCAAUCGAGGGGGCUCUGCCUCACGCUCACGACCCCCUGCAGCUGGGGCACCGAGAAUGCUCCCUGCUGCUGCCCUUUCCCACCAGCAGGUUCCCCCUUCAGGUUCCCAACCCAAACCUGAGUCCUAUGAAGACUAUCCUGCUUAUGAGGAUUCAUAUGCAGAGCCAGCCUAUGAGGGGUAUGAAAGUUAUUAUAACCAGCAACCUGUUCCCACGGAUACUGAGUAUUAUGACUAUGCUCAUGGAGAGCCCCAGGAAGCCGCCUAUGACCAAUAUGCCCAGGAGGACUGGGAGAACCAAUGGUCCGCUGCUGCAGCUGGAGGCAAAGCUGCUCCAGCCAGGCAGUCAAAAGGAACCUAUAGAGAGCAUCCCUAUGGAAGAUUUUGAACAGCUACUGGUAGAGAGUUGCCGUGGCAACUGUCUUCGAUUGUAACUCACUUAACGUUUCAAAGUAAUUUCCCUCAUUUUCCUCCCUUUUAUGGUUUUGUUUAUUUUUAUGGUUUUGCUAUUUUUAGUAUACAUUUUGUUGGAUGUCAGAUUUUGCAGGGGUGAGAAGAUGCGACGUUUUUGUCAUGGUUUACUGUUUCCAUUUAAUAACUGUUACGAUGAGUAGUUGGCAGUUCCAGCGCGACAAACCUAAGAGGCAUUCACAUUUUAGCGAUAUUUGCUGGUUAUAUUUUAAUUGUCAUAACAAAAAGUUAACGUGGCGAAAGAAAACAUUUAGGAUGCAUAUUUAGUCAUUUACAAACGGAAACAAAAGAGAACAAAUAGCUUAAUUUGCAUUGCAAUAUAAAAUAAACCUUGUUUUAUGGUCCAACACAAAUCUUACGUCAUGCAACUUUUGUAUUUUAUCUAGUGACCUAAAUCUUAAUAAAAUUUAGCAAAAAAAAAUAUGCUUGCUAAUCUGAUUUUGUCACCCAAUUACUUAUUACAAUUACAAUUCUUGAGGCCAACCAGUUCUCAAUGUGUGUAUGGGAGGCUGCAGCCUACUCAAUAUUUUGUACAGUGUAGGACAACUGUAUGUUUCAAGACGCAUUAAAAUGCAUAAGUGUGUACGUUUGGCUAAAUAGGAUUCUAAAUGCGUAUAUCCAAAUGUCUUUCUGCAGUGCGUUGUUUCAAUAAAGUUUCUAGUUUCAGUUUAAACGUGAUUUAAACGUGGUAUUUUGCAUUUGUUGUACUAAACAAAUUUCCGCUGGUGAAAAUGUAUUUGACGCUGAAUAAGCUACAUGUGUACUGUCAGUCUGAUUUUUCUUCAAAAGAGCAAAACAGUGUUUUGACAUUGAACUUAAUGUUUUUCAAAUUUUCUAAACUACACUUGUAAUGUCACCUACAAUAAUAAAGCUCAUCAUUCCACAA